GCCAUCUAAGGAACAUAGUAGUUGUCCGAAUAGGGGAUAUAAAGUAUAAAGUUCUUGUUAGCCAAUUUGCACUGACGAGAGAGAAUGUACAAGUGAGAAAGGCAGAAAUAGUAGGGAAUGUGGAUUUUUGGGAAUUAAAGUUUUCAAGAGCACAAAUUCUGACUUCGCUGCAAAGCCAGUCCUAAGAAUUUCAAGCCAAAUAUGUUCCUUUCAGAAGAUUCUAAACAUUUGUUAGCCGUUGAUGUAUGCAAGUUCCUGUGUAGGGCCACUCGUGCAUAAAAGCCGGGAUGAAUACGUAGAUGACUCUCGAAACCAAAACUUAAUUCAUUUCAUCCUUUCUCUGUUCAAAUAAAAUAAACUGGAGAAAGCAGUUUCAAAAAUGUCUAAUAAGCAGUCUUUCAAUGUCUGCUUUUGCUUCCAGAGAAAAUUUAGGCUCCGGAUGGCAGAGCCUCCUGAAGAUAUUAAGAACCUUUUUGAAAUUUUCGCGGAAAAUGGCAUCAUGACCAUCGAUGACCUGCAGUGUUUUCUGAUUGAGUUUCAAGGAGAAUCCAGUGCCACCAAGGAGGAUGCUCAGACCAUUUUCAAUAGUCUCAAGCAUCUCAACAUCUUUCAACGAAAGGGUCUCCACCUUGAUGCCUUCUUUCGAUAUCUCCUCGGUAACCUUAAUCCUCCUCUCUAUUCAAAGGUGCACCAUGACAUGAAUUCUCCAUUGGCUCAUUAUUUCCUAUUUACCGGCCACAACUCUUACUUAACAGGAAAUCAACUCAGCAGUAACAGUAGUGUACAACCGAUAAUUAACGCGCUGCUUCAAGGUGUUAGAGUUAUUGAAUUAGACUUGUGGCCGGGUUCUAAGAAAAAUACUGUGGAGGUUCGUCACGGAGGGACGCUUACAAGACCAGUGGACCUCAUCAAAUGUUUGCGUGCGAUCAAGGACAACGCUUUUGUUGCUUCUGAGUACCCUGUUAUCAUAACAUUUGAAGACCACCUACCUUCAAAUCUUCAAGCCAAAGUGGCAAAGAUGGUCACUGAGACAUUCGGUGACAUGCUGUACUCUCCUCAUUCAGAAUUCUUAAUGGAAUUCCCUUCACCGGAAUCAUUGAAGAGGAGGAUUUUGAUUUCGACCAAGCCACCGGAGUAUCAUGAAUCACAGAGACGGAGAGAUGAAUCUGGAUACACAAAUCAUCAGGAAAGGGAACAAGAUGAUGAAGAUGAAGAGGAGGAUAAUGCUACUCCGGAGUAUAAACAGUUGAUUGCGAUUCACGCAGGGAAGCCGAAAGGUGGAUUAGAUAUAUGGCAUAUCGAUCCAAUUAAAGUCAGACGUCUUAGCUUGAGCGAGCAAAAACUCGAAAAUGAAACAAAAAAUCAUGGAUCCGACAUUGUCAGGUUUACUCAGAGGAAUUUGUUGAGGGUUUAUCCAAAGGGUACACGUUUGGACUCAUCAAAUUAUAAUCCUAUGCUUGGAUGGAGUCAUGGAGCUCAAAUGGUGGCAUUCAAUAUGCAAGGACAUGGAAAGUACUUUUGGAUUAUGGAAGGAAUGUUCAGAGCAAAUGGAGGUUGUGGCUAUGUGAAAAAACCUGAUUUUUUGCUUGCUGUUGGCCCAAAUGAUAAGGUUUUUGACCCUGAUGAACCUUUUUUACCAGUGAGAACAACUUUGAAGGUAAAAGUAUACAUGGGUGAAGGAUGGCAUUCAGACUUCCACCAUACACACUUUGAUCUAUAUUCUCCACCGGACUUCUUCGUGAGGGUUGGAAUUGCUGGAGUCCCAAAGGACACAAUAAUGAUGGAAACCGAACCAAUAGAGGACCAAUGGGUACCAAUGUGGAACAAGGAGUUCAUCUUCCCAUUGACGGUUCCAGACCUGGCUGUGCUUAGAGUUGAAGUCAAAGAGUAUGACACUUCUGGGAAUCAUGACUUUGGUGGCCAAACAUGUCUGCCAAUCCCAGAGCUCAGAACUGGGAUCCGAGCUGUUCCUCUGCACAACAAAAGAGGUCAAAAGUAUAAAUCUGUGAGGCUUCUGAUGAGAUUUGAAUUUUACAAUGAGAAUGAGAUUUGAAUUUGACAAUGAGGAGUAAAUUAAGUGUGCUUACUCAUAAUAUGCUGUAUAUUCGAUGUUGAAUAUUACACACAGUAAACUUGCUGCUGCUAUAAAAAUAUAUGUCGUUGUAUCCGAAAUUAUGUGUUUGAUAUAUCCUAUUUCUACCCCCAA